UGGCGGCGUGCAUUGGUGAAAGAAUGUUGUUUGUCUGGUAGAAAAGCAGCUGAAUUUGCGGACUUUCAGAUCGAAUUUGGGAAAUCAAAAUACUAAGAAAAACAGGAGAAAACUUUCAUCCUCAAACGGUGAGUUAAUAUUUCAGUUUUUGCGUGAAAAUUAGCCAUGAUUACUACUAACCUUGUCCGUUUCAAAUUUGAAAUUUUCAAAUGGCUGUACAGCACUACGGAAGUAACGAAACAUAUCGCAGUGAGAAGAAAAUGUCUUUAUUUUGGCGAAUUGUUUGAAAUCUCAUAAGUUGUGAAAGGGUCUGAUUUAGAAAUAAAAUGUAAAGGAUAAAAUUUUGUAAUCAUCACUUCGAAGCAAAUUAUUAAAUAUCUUGAAAAAUUUCGAGGAUUGAUUUAACUGACUUGUUACAUGAUACGAAAGCUUUCUCAACCUUUUCACCAACUGUUAAAAAUUUACGGUAAAAAUUGUUUUCCUCUGUCGAAAGCACUAUAUUUUGCCAAUAUAUAAUUUAAAUUUUCACCAUUUCUUUAAAAAAUGAUUUAUGAUAGCUUCAGCUUCAAACUGUUUUUUUCACUGUUUACAAGGUAUUAAGUUUAACAAUAAUAUAAUUGUCAAUAAAUUAUUGUGAAAGUUAUUGAUAAUUGUUACAAAAGAUUGUACUGUUUUUAUACUUGCUUUUCAUACUUUUGUCCAGAGACUCAUACAUACAGUCGAACUUCCACUAACGGUUACGUCUCUGCAAUGGCCACCCCUCUACAAUGGCCACCGUUUUUGGCAGACUGUCCAUACAUUAGCUGGGGUCACACUACAGACUUUUUACUUAGGUAAACUCGACUUGUUGACAGUUUACCCAAGCAAAAUUGAUUUUUUAAGUGUGACCGAUUUUUCCCGAGGUAACAUACCUUGGGGAAAUUUUAUCGUCUGGGGCUUGGAUAUGUCUCAAGGACAACAGACUCUCCCUUGACAACUACCCCAAAGUGAUAGCUUGGGGAAAAAGAAAUACUGAGGUUGCUAGCCAAUAGACGCUCAUCAGUGAAGGUCUUGAUGACAGAACCGGACAUAGAUCACGCAGUGAAAGAAAUUCUUGGGGCACGAGUCGUCUAUGUCUUCGCCUGUUUCACCUUGCAUACUGAAUUACAUGUAGCAUAAGAAAUAACAGCGAGAUAAAAGAAAAAAAACAUCUCUUGGAUCAGCUAGAUCCAUGUGCAUCUUGCUUUCUUCAUUUUACACUCCAAAAAAAUCAACUGUGCAUGAAAACCUUGGGAGCCAAAAUCAGUAGUGUGACCUUCCCAGAAUUUUUUACCUAGGUAAAACAAGAGAUUUUUGAUGAAUUUGCCUUAGUUAAAUCAGUUUAACCUCGGUAAAAGUCUGUAGUGUGACCACAACAAUUGACUCUUAUUUAAACCUCUCUACAACAACCGCUUUCCUCUGUCCCCAAGGUGGCUUUUGUGAAGAGUAUCAACUGUAUCUCCAUGAUGGCAAUUUGUAGUUGCCAAAUGCAAUUUGUUUUCCGCGUUACUGAUCAGAUGUUCAUGUAUUUUCAGUACAUUGGUUGAAAGGUCGAAAGACAGUCAAACCCCUUUAAUAAGACAACUGUGAACGAGGGCUCAUUGAAAGUACCUAUAUUAACAGGUUGUCCAUAUUAAGCAGGUUGAAUUUAGAGAAAAUGUACUGGGCACUGUCUUUCCCGAGGGACAAAGCGAACUGUCUGUCAUAAUGAGGUGUUUGUAUUAAGCAGGUGUCCGUAAAGGUGUCUGUUUGACUGUAUGGUUAAACCUCUUCGCAAUGGCCACCUUGGGGGUGGUUGUACAGAGGUUUAAGCAACAGUCAAUACAUGAACUGUCCGCCAGGACAAAAACAAGUGGCUGUUGUGCAAGGAGGCCAUUAGGGUUUACUGUAUUAUUUUAUUUUAACAUUAACCAUUUAAGACCCAAUAUCCAAAUACAAAUUCUCCAGACUGAUCUCCAUAUAUUUCCUUACAGAAUAAGUUGAGCGAAUUUGUUUGUAGAUCAAGGCUUUUCCCAUCAGGUGAUGAUUUUAUUAACUCUCACAACAUUUUCUCUUAAUUUUGUUGGGAAAAAAUGGACUUUUUUCACUCUCGGAACCUCUAGGGUUAACUGAAUCUCUUUGAAAGUUCCUGCAUUGUGACUAUUCAAAUGAAACUCUUCAUGGCCAUUUGAUUAUCUGGAACUUUGUUUGGAUUUGCCAUUGGCAGAGAUAAAACCGCUGUUACCGGUAUUAUUCUUGCAGGUCAUGCAGGCCAAUUCGUUUUACCACAGCCAUCCCUACGGGAAUUCAGAGUUAUACCAGAAAAUUUUUAAAGUUCUGGACCAGCUGGGUAUGGCCGACUUAAAACAAACUUUUCAGGAACACUGUAUUCAGGUAAUAUUAUUUUUCCUUUACAAUAUCAUAAUAAAAACACAAUACUCUCCAAGUUUGUUUCUCAAUGCUAACAUUUCUUGUGAAAGUAAACAACACCUAUCCUAAAAUGUUUUUUGGUUUUAAAAGGACCAGACAUUGAGCUUUGUAGAAACAGAAGAGGAACUUAAACAGCUUCUUAAGGUGGGUUUUAUACGCUAAGUGUGUAUGUUGUGGGUAAAAUCUGGUCUCAGGUUGAAGCAAAGUUUACAUUAACAACUAUUAAUAAAUAGGGCUUGGAAACAAAGCCAAUUUUGAGUCAUAAUAGGUUGAAUACUGAUUUUAUGUGAGAACAGGUUUACUAACAACGUGUACACUCUUCAGUGCUUUAAUUAGCAGACUUAUCAAAGUUUUUUAUAUGUAUAAUCAGCACUCAAAAUAAUGGCCAGUCAACAAUAGACAAUGUCCAGCCAAGAUGAGCAUUUUAUUUUGUUCAGACAAACUUUUGGUCUACCAGUCAUUUUGAUAGAACAUGUCAACUGUAUACAUGCAUGGAUUUGAAAUUAGUGACAAGGAAACUAAAACGUAUUUUGACAUCAUUACACCAUUAUAUAUUCAUUGAAACAGACACCCUGUUUCUAGAGUGAUUGACCUUUCGUAGAAUGGGGAAAUGAUGCGUGGCACGAUUUAAACUGCACUUUGGCUGCAACCAAGAUAGCUGUUUAAUUUAUGGAUUUCUGCCUUGUCCGCUGUUUUCUGGAGCUUCAAGAUGUUUCAUUAAAGAGCAACAAAAACUGAGAGAAGAAGAAGUUAUGUUUUAAAAGUUUAUUAACAAUUGUUCACUUCUGUUGUAUGAUAGACAACACAACCUGGUUUUACGAUUCAAAAUUGGGGGUAUUUUUCAUUUUCUGAUGUGCAGGUCUGGCAAUCAAAAACUUUCAACUUUUAAAACCUUUUAUAGUCAAUUUUGCAUAAAAAAUCUCACUAUCACUGUAGUGAAGAAAGCAAGUGAAUCUUUCUGUUCACCUUCUGCUUGAAUUCCGUAAGAACAGAAAAAUUUUUACUCCUAGAGUAAACUUCGGCAUAUCUUAGUAUUUAUCUUUGUGAGCUUUAUGCCGCGUUUUACGUGUCUUCUUGCAAUUUGCUUACAAUUUUUCGUCAACUUGCUUGUUGAGCUCAUUCAGGCCAUCUUCCAUCUCCUUCACAUUCGCUCUUGUUUCAGACUGAUUCACAUUAAGUUGAUGGGCUCGAGCUUCCAGCUUGUUAAAUUUCUUUUCUAGACUGGAGACAGGAAGAAAUGUGUUUAGCCUGUGAGCAAGCUGUCCUUUGGGGGAUAUUGUGAAAAGUAGAUGCAUGAGAAGAACAUGGGAGGAGACAUGAAAGUGGGGUGCGGGGUAGUAUUUUUCAGUUUCUGGUGUGCAAGUCUGGCAAACAAAAAAUUUCAACUUUUAAAACCUUAAGUCGAUUUUCAAAACAAAAAUCUCACUUCAGGUUCUAUUUCAGAGAAAUAAAUGUAUAAAUAGCGGAAAAAUGUUUUCUUUUUUAUACAGGAAAUAGGUAUACCUAUUGGUAGAUGCAUUCCAAUCAUAAAAUUGUGGAGUAAAGGUUAUACUUAUCAAGGUAGGUUAUGCGGUUGUUAGAUAUAAGUGGUAGAGCUUAUCCAGCCUUGAAGAGAAUAGGGCAUGAUGAUCCUGAAUGCCUUGUCACGGCUGUCCAGUUCAUUUUUGUUAAUAAUGCCAAUUACACGUCCUUAUUUGCAAUGGAUCUUGAGAAAUGACUUGUGAAUGACUAAAUCACAGCUUCCUGUCUAACAAAUGUUAGUGAGUUUACGCAACAGGGAGGCAGAAACAAGAGGACGGCUAAACACUGUGUGACAAAUUUGACAGGGCUAUUACUUGUGUGUUUUGGUGUGAUCUUCACUUAACACCCGUGUUUUCUGGUCCUUUACAAAAAGAUCUGUUUAAAAAGAAAGUGAAGUUUGGCGAAUGGUUUUUUCAAACAAAAUUAUUGUCACGCUUGUCGCAUAAGGGUUGCCAUCUUCUUUCCUCUCCUGUCCUGUUGCGUAAGUUCACUAUUAUCUCAAAGAAGCAUUAUAUCUAAAUUUGUUAUAAACCACAAAAAAUGAACUUUAAAAAACUCUUAGGCUACCAAGUUUUCGAAACCUUUGCAAAGGAGGGGGAAUAAAACAGUUUUUAGUGCUAUGUUUCUUCUGUUCCCUAGUAUGAAAGUAGCCGGGGGGCCACAUUCAUAGUAGCCGGGGGAAAUCCCUGGCCCCUGCCGCUUAAUGACAGCCCUGCAAUCUGUUUCAAUUUUGUUCAAGCUUGUCUUCUUUUGUAUUUUACUGUGUUAUUUCUAUCCCUUUCUAAUGGUUUGAGCGGCUAUUUUUAUGUUUCACUCAUGUUGGUGCAGAUAAUAGUCUCACUCACAGCCAUUUUUGUUUUGUCACGCAAUGCUGGGGAGGAGCGUUGCGUGGUGAGACAAAAACUUCUGCCUGGGAGAAUAGUGCAGCUCUCACUGUUUGAAUUUUGGUUUAUUUUGUGACCCACCUCUUUUAAUGUUUAAUAAUCAUCUCUUCUUUGUCAUUUUUACACUGAACUUUGACUUUGUUUUAUCGUUCCCAUAGAACAAGUAACACAUCAAGCAAGAGUUCAAACAGCAGAAAAAUCUUUUCAAGUUACUGUGGAGACAUCUGAUGCCUGUACACAGACUGAUGACGAUAUGCCGGUGUUAACGAAUGAAGAUUAUAGCAAAUUAAUUUCAGAAAUGAACUUGAAUUCUCAACAAGAAAUCUUUAAUCACUAUGCUGCCCAGCUGGCUGGGGGACAUAACGAGACCCAUUCUGGGUCAUUAAACUCACCUUAUAGCGCACAGCAAGUGGAUCCUUAUUUAACUGCGCAGAUGUGGGGUUUAGGUCAAUACCAAGAUUAUGCUGCCAAUAUGUAUGGUGCCUUCUUACAAGCUCCCGUAACAAGCAUUCCUGCGGGUAUGGUAGUGUCAGAAGCUGUUGCCAGUCAAGCUGCUAUAAUGUUUAAUCAGGAGGCUGGUGAUGCGAACCAUGUCGCAAAGCCAACACCAGCCCCUCAUGUGCCUUCUCACAACCCAACUCAACAUCGUAGAACAUCUGCUAGCCUUCCGUCAUCACCUAAGGAUAUUGUUGACGAGAGAGAAGACCUGGAAAUUGAACAGUCACUUAAAGACUUUGAAAACAUGGAAUUGGAAACUCAGCAUUCGUAUGCCUCGGCACUUAAUUCUGGUGAGUCAGGGGGUUGGGUGGAGAUAUGUGUAAUUUGUUAUAAUUCUAUUUGCUCAGUAUUAAAUGGUUGCACAAAUAGAAUAGAAAAAAUUAAGCGGUUGUCUUUCUUUCCUUAGAGCACUUGGAAAAGUAAAUUUAUACAAAUAUAUUGCUUAAACAGGGUGCGCACAAUCUUAAAAAGUCUUGAACUUCUUUUCAAGUCCUCGAAAAGUCCUUGAAUUUUCUUCAGCUUUGAAUGAGGUGGCCCGGAAAGUGAUUUUUAAUGCUUUUUCGUUCUCCAAGGCAGAAUACUGCAUACAUGUAAAUCAUAGCUCAGAGAUGUUCAAAGUGAUUUACUCAAAAGCGUUUUUUGUUUUAUGCAAGAAAUAACUUUAAGACAGGUGAACUGAAAAAUGUAGAGAAGUUGGUGGAGGAAACAGUUCAAGCCUUAUGGACUGAGAAUGUGCAUUUUUUUACAAUUAUGUGCGAAAUUACAUUCCUGGUAGGUGGUCUUUGAGAAGUCCUUAAAAGAUGGUUGCAAUUUUUCGUAUGAACCCUGUUAACCCUUUAAGCUCCAGGAUCAACAUACAAAUUCUUCUGACUGAUCUCCAUACGUUUCUUUUAAGAAUAGUUGAGAGAAUUUGGUUUCAGAUCAAAGCAUUCUCCCUUUGGUAAUCAAUUUAGUAAUUCUCAUAACCUUUACUCUUGGUGAUCUGCUGAUGAUGUCGGGAGAAAAUUGAUAUUGAUCACUCUCUUGUAAUUGUAGUCGUCCUCGUCUUAGAAUCUAAAGCUCUUAUUGUGAUUCAAAAGAGAUAUAAGAGACUGCUCGCAGUCUAUCGGGAAUUCUUCGUGGUGCGCUCUUGGGUAGGAGAAGUUAAACUGACCUGAAGUUCACCUUUCUAUUACUUGUUUACAGACAGCGCAGGUCUCAGCCAAGAGAGUCAACAUAGCUACAGUUCAAUUACGGAACACCCCCCUUAUUAUAGUUUGUCUUCGCAAAGGAUUCAAACCACCUCUAACAGUCACCCCCUACCUCGACAUCCCCCACCUGCAAGAUCUGUACCUUUAGAAAAGACAGAACCCAGUCAGUUCUCAAAAUGUGAUGAUAUAUCCGUGCAGAGCGGAGUGGCGCGCUUAUCCUCAAGCCCACAGAUUGUAGGUCCCCAGACACUGCAGGGAUAUUUGGAUAGCUUACCUGAAACACCCGAGUACAAACAGGCCAUGCAGAGCCGCAAUCCCAAAAAGGGUUGGAAACCGCUAGAUGGCAAACACAUUACAACUGGGAAAAAGGUAGCGUUCAAGCCAAUAUUCUGGGAUAACGAGGGACGGAUGCGGCAUGGUGUACGCGUACGGGGAUCGGAUAAAUCCGAAGAGUGCUGGCGUCAUGUCGAGGGUAAAGCACCGGCUGGAUGCACUUUUGCGCAUUCUCGCCUCGGGGACACCCUGCAAUUUAUCUGUGUCAAGUGCACGUAUGAGAAAGGCCGCAAUGAGUGGUGCUCGGAUAAAAUGAAGCAUAAACAGUACAUUUUUAAUCUUGGAGCAUAUAGGAACUUAGAGGGAGGAAUCUGGAAGAAGACCUCUUAACAAGAACAGUACUACUUUUCAGGGAAGUAAUAAUUAACAAUUCAAUCUCACUUAUGUCAAAAACACGACAGCCUUUGUGCAUGCAGUGGAAUGAAUGACCAACGUUUUUGGGGCAAUAGCAGCAAGAGUGACCUGAGGAAUGUUACCGGCCGUUUCGAUACAAAGUCGUUUUGAUACAAGUUGUUAUGAUACAAAUAAUUCAUUCGAGGAGAAAAAAGUUUCAUGUCCUUGGCUCCAAAAAAGAAUAAUAAUCACUCAAAAUGUUUUUCUUGUUUACGCGUAAGCUGUACUUGAAGUGCGCAGAAUAUUCACCCAAAAUGUUUCUCUUGUUGGCGCGCAAACGUUACUCGAAGUUAACGAAAUUUUUGUGUAAUUUCAUUGCUUGAGUUCGUAUCGAAACGACCGGUCUCUUGUAGCAUUAUAGUUAGCUCUUCUUUUAUCAUUUCGCCCCAUGUAAUUUAAAACAGAUUUCGGAAUCUUUGAAAUUUUUGCUUGUGGAACUCGGAAUCCAGGAAAUUCCUUGUGGAAUCUAGAAUCCCGGGCUUUGGAGUCCAUAAUUCAGCCCAAGACACCCUGAAUCUCGCUAAUGAUUGGAAUCGUAAUCCACUGAGUCCCAUGACAAGGAAUCUGGAAUCCAGUCACAGGUGUAAUUUGGAUUCCAGGGUGUCUGGUCGUUUCGCUAUAAAGCGUAAGUCGUUUCGCUGCAUAAUGAAGUCGAUUCGUGGCAAAGCAUUUUUCGUC